UGUGGCAUCCAACGUGCAGAGUGUCUCUGUCUCACAAUGGAGCCGAGUAAAAAGAUGGACCCUUCCGGCUCGCUGCAGACCAACCCGUCGCUCAAGCUGCACCCGGACCGCAGCGCGGGCACCCCGGUGCUCGUCCCCGAGCAAGGAGGGUACAAGGAGAAGUUCGUGAAGACCGUGGAGGACAAGUACAAGUGCGAGAAGUGCCAGCUGGUGCUGUGCAACCCCAAGCAGACCGAGUGUGGGCACCGCUUCUGCGACAGCUGCAUGGCCAUCGUGCUGGGCUCUGCCAGCCCGAAAUGCACUGCGUGUCAGGAGAGCAUCGUUAAAGAUAAGGUGUUCAAGGAUAACUGCUGCAAGCGGGAGAUCCUGGCCCUGCAGAUCCACUGCCGGAACGUCGGCCGCGGCUGCGCCGAGCAGUUAGCCCUGGGACAGCUGCUGGUGCAUCUGAGGACUGACUGCCAGUUUGAAGAACUCUCGUGUGUGCGUCCAGACUGCAAAGAAAGGGUCUUGAGGAAAGACCUGCGCGAUCAUGUGGAAAAGACCUGUAAAUACCGCGAGGCCACGUGCAGCCACUGCAAAAGCCAAGUCCCGAUGAUCACGCUGCAGAAACACGAAGACACUGACUGUCCCUGCGUGGUGGUGUCCUGCCCGCACAAGUGCAGGGUCCAGACCCUCCUGAGGAGCGAGUUGAGUGCCCACUUGUCAGAGUGUGUCAAUGCCCCCAGCACCUGUAGUUUUAAGCGCUAUGGCUGCGUUUUUCAGGGGACGAACCAGCAGAUCAAGGCGCACGAGGCCAGCUCCGCGGUGCAGCACGUGAAUCUGCUGAAGGAGUGGAGCAACUCCCUGGAGAAGAAGGUUUCCUUGCUGCAGAAUGAAAGUGUGGAGAAAAACAAGAGCAUACAAAGCUUGCACAACCAGAUAUGCAGCUUUGAGAUUGAAAUUGAGAGACAAAAGGAAAUGCUGCGAAAUAAUGAAUCCAAAAUACUGCACUUACAGGUUUGGAAGCGAGUAAUCGACAGCCAAGCAGAGAAACUGAAAGAGCUCGACAAGGAGAUCCGCCCCUUCCGGCAGAACUGGGAGGAAGCAGACAGCAUGAAGAGCAGCGUGGAGUCCCUGCAGAACCGGGUGACCGAGCUGGAGAGUGUGGACAAAAGCUCAGGGCAGGCGGCCCGCAACACAGGCCUGCUGGAGUCCCAGCUGAGCCGGCACGACCAGAUGCUGAGCGUCCAUGACAUCCGCCUGGCCGACAUGGACCUGCGCUUCCAGGUGCUGGAGACCGCCAGCUACAACGGUGUGCUCAUCUGGAAGAUCCGUGACUACAAGCGGCGGAAGCAGGAGGCCGUCAUGGGGAAGACGCUGUCCCUGUACAGCCAGCCCUUCUACACCGGCUACUUCGGCUACAAGAUGUGCGCCCGGGUCUACCUGAACGGGGACGGCAUGGGCAAGGGCACGCACCUGUCACUCUUCUUCGUCAUCAUGCGCGGAGAGUACGACGCUCUGCUUCCCUGGCCCUUUAAGCAGAAGGUGACGCUCAUGCUCAUGGACCAGGGUUCCUCGCGGCGCCACUUGGGGGACGCUUUCAAGCCGGACCCCAACAGCAGCAGCUUCAAGAAGCCCAGCGGGGAGAUGAACAUCGCCUCCGGCUGCCCAGUGUUCGUGGCACAGACUGUGCUGGAGAACGGGACGUACAUCAAAGAUGACACCAUUUUUAUUAAAGUCAUAGUGGAUACUUCUGACCUGCCUGACCCCUGACAGCCACAGGGGGCGGAUUGAGCAGAAGGCAACUCCUCGGGGGUUGGAAUUGCUGUCUCCACCGGGGUCCUCACGCUCAGUAAGGACCUUGUGGAGCAGGAAGUGCAGGAGGCGGCCGCGGGCCGGCGGGAGGAGCCAGCCGGGGGACGCUUUCUAUAGACUAGCAACACUUCACUGAAGAAUUCUUUAUCCUGCGGCGAGGAACACUGCUGUCGGGGAAGGUUCAUUUCCAUUUUUAAAAGUCUCACUCAUUAAGGUGGAAGACACAUAGGCUCCGAAAAGAACCAUGAGUUUUCUUCCUGAAACUUGAACACACAAAAGACACACCCACCACAUGCACACACGCCUGGGCUAGCUGGACAUGUCAGCAUGUUAAGUAAAGAAGAGUUUAUGAAAUAAUAAUGCAGUUCUGAUAUAUUCGUUCUAAAGCUCAAGAGUGCAAUCUUGUUUCAAAUACAGCAUAUUGUCUAUUUUUAAGGCCUCACCUGGUCUCUGUUUUAAUAAUUUGUUUGUCAGAAGACCCUGAAGUCACCUCGGUCUUUUCUGGAAGUCUCUAAAUUCAGAAUCAUUUUUUAAUUUAAAGUUCUAAGAUAAUGGUUACUGCAGACAUUUUAUUUUAAAACGUUGAUAGACUUAUAUUUCUUGGAAGAAAAUGUAAACUAUCCAACACUGGUUAUCACUUGUGAUAGGAAAGAGAAUAUUCAAUCUGUGUUAUUUCUCGUUAGAAAUGUAAACCUUCAAUAUCUGUCGUAGUCAAUGACACUACUUCAAAUUAUUACGAAAGGAAAUUGCUCAUGGAUGCUGUGCAUCAUUUCAGAUUUAUAAUUGUUUUCACCCUAAAAUAGGGCAUUAGUUGAACUUCGGAGUUCUGAACAAAGUCCUGCAGGCUUUAAAUUGUGCCCACGAGUUCCGACGGUCUCGAUCGCCGACAGCGCCGACCCUGGCGUCCAGCGCCGGGUGGGCGGGUGACGUGUGCUGCAGGUGGCCACGGCAGGUGUCCCUCCAUUCUGUCAUACUGCUGCGUUCUGUUCCGACCUCCGGAAGUGACAUCUUUGCGUAGAGGUGGUGGCAUACUGUACCUGUGCCUUACCGUUGCACGCUGCUUCCCGACCCAAGCUCUGUGUGCUCUGAUUCUAGGGAGUGACCGUGCGACCAGCCUCCACGACCACUAGCUCUGUCUCACCGGCCCAGGCAGCUCUGCCCCUGCUGGGGGGAGCCAGCUCCAUCUCGGCUUUGGGGGCCCCCACUGCUCAGUUACCCCUGAUUAUCACAGACCCCAAAUCUCUAGGCCCAAAGGUGAGCCACCUGGUCUGGGCGCAGGCGUGGGCCCUCGAGCAUUCCAGAGACCGCCGCUCUGGGGCCUGCCAGGCCGACCCCUGGCCUCCGGGACCACCGCCCUCGGGAGGGUGGCCUGGAGGUCCCUGGGCCCGGCCUGCGCCCGCCCCACCGGCAUUUUCUCAACUCACUGUUUACCUUCUCUCAAUGGUCCAACUGUGAUUAGAAGCCGAGCCCUGCCUCCCCUCCGCUAUGCAGCACGCUCCACGGGUGCUAACUGACGGGUGCUACAUGUGACGGGUGCUUCCCAGGCCCAACCAGCGCGACCCACCGCCUGCGGCUGCUUAUCCGAAAGCCCCCCCUCGACCAGCCAGCGCUCAGACUGCCUGCCUGCCUGCCUGCCUGCCUGGCUCCACGGCUGCGCGGGCGGCUGGGCUGGGGCCGGGCCCGCCGUGUCUCUGGUGCUGCUGUCCGCCUGGGUGUGCCUUCGCCCCGGUGCCUGCUGGAAGCGCCCUCCCCUCGCACAUGCCGGCGUCCGUAAGUGACCUCCUGGGUUCCGAGCACCUGCCAGGCCCCAGUUCAAAUGCUCAGUCUCGUCUUCUCCCUCCACUCCCAGGACGCUGUGAGGUGAGGCAGUCAGUCCGGGUCGCGUCCCCACUCCCAGAGGAAGGACGUCCUGCGGGGCCUGGCACUCCCUGCCUGGCCUCAGGCGGCUCCAGGUCAGGGGUUACCAGCGGGACCUCCCGCGACUUCCACUUUACUAACAAAUUGAGAAUAAGCACCACCUUGGUCCGGCCAAAAAGAAAAACAAAAAACAUCCUAUUCCCUCCUUCCCGGGUGGAGAGCUGUUGGGGUGGGCUGCUGGGAAGCACCGCCCGGUGGGGGACGUGCCCUGGGGGAGCCCACGGCCCCACCUCCAAGGAGCCCAGAGGACGUGGCUGGGAAGAGGCUGUGGCAUGGUGGGAGCGUCGUUCUGUGGCACUGGGGGUUGGGGGCCUGUGGCCACUGCUGUGUGCCCAUUCCCCUGCGUAUGCUGGGGGGCCGCCGCCUGGCUCUCUGCUCCUCGCGGCCCUUCCACUUCCUGGCGACAAGAGGGUGUCCGACGUGCUGUGACGGGUGCGCUUUCCCCUCGACUAAGAGUGCAGAUUUCCCACGGACAGUCCUGUGCUUCAGAGAAGCCCACGCUCUCGGCUUCCCUGCAGCCUCGCCCGCGCGCAGGCCGCAGUGUGGGGCCUGGGGCCCGGUGUCCCUGAGGGUCUGUCCGGCUGGAGCCCCCUUGCCUGGGCCUUUUUUAUGAGCAGGUUUUCCCAUUUCCAGAGGCCACAGUGACAGCAGAGCCUGGGAUGGAAGUUCUCAGACCUGUCGGAGGAGAGGGUGGCGCCAACCCCGGGCGCAGCUCGGUAUGCGUUCACUACCGAGGGGCAUCGUGGGGGCAUCAUGACGGCUGCUGUCAGGGCCCCAGUGCCCAGCUCCGCGGCCCCUCAUGUGGGAACAGCUGGGAGCGCGGGAAGCUCUUGGCCCCGCAGCUCCUUCCUGCCCUGUGACCUCAGGGCUGUGGCGGGAAAGCUGCCUCCCCGCGUUCCCCGCCCCCACCAGGCCCUUUCGCUGCCCCGAGCCCCCGUCACAGCAGAGCGAACGCCCCAAGGCUUCCCUGAACCUGUGGCCCACCUUAGGGACCACAGGGAACACCUGCCUGUCUCCAGGGUCCUCAGCUGCCCGGGGUUGGGGCCCAUGUCCCAUCAGCAGCAGCACCCGCUCAUUCUGGGCGGUGUCGGGGUCCCCCAUGGCCGGCCCAGCAACCUGUAGCCGAGGGGCAUCGUCGGCAGAAGGGUCUGGACAGACCCUUAAACAGCUGAGUCCCCAGGUGGGUCAUUCCAUGGUCCGGUCAGAGGAUGUGGGGAGAUAGGCAGGACCCCCCCUCGCACCCCGGGGCCCAGGCCCACAGCCCGUCCCGCAACACACGGAGUGAGGCCCGCGCUGUUCUGUGCCCGUCACAGACGGUCCAGCCCCGGAACCUCUGCUGUCUCCCCAGGGCAGGCCGGGCGGGAGCUCCAGCCUUGCCCCAAAGCGCCCUCUGUGCUGAGGGCUGGGCAGAGCUGACCUUUUUGGGGCUGCAGAGGUGAGCGGGUUCCAGGGGCCCGUCUGCCUGUGUGAGCGCUGGUGACGGGGGUCUGCCACCCAAAGCCACUUCUCAGCCAGGACCACGGUUCUGUCUUCUGUUGGCCGAUCUGGUAGUUGUGGUUUCUCCAAAGUGGAAUGUGGCUGCCAGGCCCAGGCCAGAGGAGGCCGGUGGAGGGGCCAGUGUGGCCAGGUGACCUGGUCACUCCUGUCUGUCCGGGCAGCGCUGGUUGUCACCAGGGAGCCCGGCCAGUUGGGGGCGGGGGAGGCAAGGCCCAGAGGCAUCCUGGGAGCAUCGCCGCUGCCCUGGGGGGCGCUGAGCUGUGCUUGCAUUUCAUUCUCCUCUGCCGCCGUGUCCAUGUCUUGUGAACUCGCACAGGGACAAGGUGGGCAUCAGGGCUGCACCGCCCCUGCUGCCGCGGUCGGUGGUUUAUAACUCAGUCCCCGUAGACAAGCAAGAUGACCUUCAGCAGCAAGCGCGAUGCCCCCGUUGGUAAACACAGCAGCGCAUGAUUCCCAAGGUUCCUCUGCGAGCUCUCUGUGGGAGCAUCUCUGACCAAGGAAGCAUGUAAACCCACGCGCACGGGCGGGAGGCGCUUUUAGUCACGUUCUUUCUCCGGUGGCUCACUCUUCAGUUCUUGCCCCAAACAAAGACCAAAGAAGGCCCAUCUCUUAUUUGACUGUAUUUAAUCUGCCUGUUUUACAAACCGCCGUCCGGUGACGCUCGCUGUGAGGGCCAUCUGACUGCACGUGAGUGUGACGACCAGUGGUUCACGUCCGUGUUUUCCUGCUCUUCUAAGAAAACAACAACAAAGACCGUGUGAGUUAUUGCUCAGCAAUAAUCAUAUGAGUUCGUACCAUCCUGGUUUUCUCAUAGCAUUAUUAUGUUUUCUAUUUUUGUUUACUGUAUAUUGUGUGUGGUUUUAUUUGGUAUUUAUUUGUGUUUGGAGGUCUUGCAAUGUCUUUGUGUUCCUGAUGCUAAUACUGAAGUUUGUACGAGUAUAGAAUGCAAACCUGAAAUGCUAAACUGUCAUUAGAGGCAAAUAAACCUGACGAAGGA